CCCCCUGAAGUGCAGCAGGAGCCGGAGGAGGUUGGUCCGGCUCCCCAGCUUUCUAGGGUGAGUGGGUUUCCAGGCUUGGAAGGCGCGGCGUGGGGGCGGGGACGGAGUCGCGAUUUCGGAGGUCCCGGAGGAUCACCUUGAAAGUUAACGACGCUGAGAGCUCUAGAUUGGGCACAAUAACCGCCAGUCCUGGGCAGCUGGCCUAGGCUGGGCCGGGCGGCGUGGAGCAGCUCGGCUUUCGGCCACCCUGGGAACCCCGUUCCCGAGAGGGCGCAGAGGCUGUGGCUACGAACCCGUGAAGCUGCGUCCACGCGGGACCCCGAGCCCGCGCCACGCCGGCUGGUGGGCUCCUUGCGACCGAGCUGGGCACCGGGCGCUCCCCUUCGGAACCCUCCCACUCUUGCCAACUUUCCGGGCCCCGGGGCCGGAGGAGGGCGCCUCUCCCGGCAGGUCGCGCUCGGUACUUAAAGGCGGCUCCGCGGGGCCGGCGCUCGUCAGUCUGAGGCGCGGCGGCGGCGCACGGUGGAGGCAGGCGCGGCGGCGGCGGCGCGGAGCCGGAGGAGGGGCAUGGAGCCGCUGCGGGCUUGCUGAGCACUGGAGCGCGGGCAGCCGGCGGCACGAUGCCGGUGCAGCUGACGACAGCCCUGCGUGUGGUGGGCACCAGCCUGUUUGCCCUGGCAGUGCUGGGUGGCAUCCUGGCAGCCUAUGUGACAGGCUACCAGUUCAUCCACACAGAAAAGCACUACCUGUCCUUCGGCCUGUAUGGUGCCAUCCUGGGCCUACACCUGCUCAUCCAGAGCCUGUUUGCCUUCCUGGAGCAUAGGCGCAUGCGCCGGGCAGGGCGGCUGCUGAAGCUGCCUUGCUCCAGGCGCAGAGCUGUGGCACUCUGCAUCGCUGCCUACCAGGAGGACCCUGAGUACUUGCGCAAGUGCCUGCGCUCAGCCCAGCGCAUUGCCUUUCCUGACCUCAAGGUGGUCAUGGUAGUGGAUGGCAAUCGCCAGGAGGAUGCCUACAUGCUGGACAUCUUCCAUGAGGUACUGGGUGGCACCGAUCAAGCCGGCUUCUUUGUGUGGCGCAGCAACUUCCACGAGGCGGGUGAGGGUGAGACAGAGGCCAGCCUACAGGAGGGCAUGGAGCGUGUGCGGGCGGUGGUACGGACCAGCACCUUCUCAUGUGUCAUGCAGAAGUGGGGAGGCAAGCGCGAGGUCAUGUACACAGCCUUCAAGGCCCUUGGCGACUCAGUGGACUACAUCCAGGUGUGCGACUCUGACACUGUGCUGGACCCAGCCUGCACCAUCGAGAUGCUUCGAGUCCUGGAGGAGGAUCCCCAAGUAGGGGGAGUCGGGGGAGAUGUUCAAAUCCUCAACAAAUAUGACUCAUGGAUCUCCUUCCUGAGCAGUGUGCGGUACUGGAUGGCCUUCAACGUGGAGCGGGCCUGCCAGUCCUACUUUGGCUGUGUGCAGUGCAUUAGUGGGCCCUUGGGCAUGUACCGCAAUAGCCUCCUCCAGCAGUUCCUGGAGGACUGGUACCAUCAGAAGUUCCUAGGCAGCAAGUGUAGCUUUGGUGAUGACCGGCAUCUCACCAACCGAGUGCUGAGUCUUGGCUACCGGACUAAGUAUACAGCGCGCUCCAAGUGCCUCACAGAGACCCCCACCAAGUACCUCCGGUGGCUCAACCAGCAAACUCGCUGGAGCAAGUCUUAUUUCCGGGAGUGGCUCUACAACUCUUUGUGGUUCCAUAAGCACCACCUCUGGAUGACCUAUGAAUCAGUGGUCACAGGUUUCUUCCCGUUCUUCCUCAUCGCCACGGUCAUACAGCUUUUCUACCGGGGCCGCAUCUGGAAUAUUCUUCUCUUCCUGCUGACAGUGCAACUGGUGGGCAUUAUCAAGGCUACCUACGCCUGCUUCCUUCGAGGCAAUGCAGAGAUGAUCUUCAUGUCCCUCUAUUCUCUUCUCUAUAUGUCCAGUCUCCUGCCAGCCAAGAUCUUUGCCAUUGCUACCAUCAACAAGUCUGGCUGGGGGACUUCAGGCCGAAAAACCAUUGUGGUGAACUUCAUUGGCCUCAUCCCCGUGUCCAUCUGGGUGGCAGUUCUUCUCGGGGGCCUGGCUUACACAGCUUAUUGCCAGGACUUGUUCAGUGAGACUGAGCUAGCCUUCCUUGUUUCUGGGGCCAUCCUCUAUGGCUGCUACUGGGUGGCCCUCCUCAUGCUGUAUUUGGCUAUCAUUGCUCGGCGAUGUGGGAAGAAACCAGAGCAAUACAGCUUGGCUUUUGCUGAGGUGUGACACAGCUGCAGGCGGAGUGGGAAAAGUGCAAUGGGGAAGGGAGGGCAGGGGGAAUGAAAGAGGAAGAUUGGGAUGGGGGGGGAGGGAGCGCUGUAUUUUAGUUUAAUGGUCCAAAGGGACAAAUCUGAAAUGCAAACAAUGGUGACUGUAGUAUGGCCUGGGCUGGGCAGUUCUGCUCAGAGGAUGUGACACUGCUUCUUUAGGCUCAGGGCUGAGGACGUUUGUUUUAGGCUGCUUGUCUGCUUGGCCUCUGAAAAGGAUUCUGCCUCCUUCUCUAGGGUCCCAAGAGAACUCAGAAAGGUGCCAAACCAAGUAAUGGUUCCAUUUUGUGGCAAUUUCUAAUAAGCAAGCAAUGACAUCCUUUGGGAAGGGGUUUUCCUCACCCAUGUGAACAUAACCAGAGGUGGUAGAAUUUCCACUGAGAGAUCUGAGCCAAGAACAUCCCCUCCCUCUCCAACAGAUCAUCAACACAGUUAAGAUUGUGCCUGAGAUACAAGGCCCUGAGGCCUGAUCUUUGGGUAUCAGAAAACAGGGUACAGGAAUGGUGCUUUAUGUGAUCUACCCUACUUCACAUCUCAGUGUCCCAGGGAUGAGCCAGACUAGUAGGAGUUAGCACUGAAUUGCUUUUUUACUUUUUUGUAGUAGGAGUAGGGACUAUACCCAGGGCCUUCACAACUAGCUAUAUCCGUCCCACCCCCCAUCCCACUUUUUAAAAAUUUUGAGACAGGGUCUCUUUAAGUCACUGAGGCUGGGCUUG